AUGUCUGUGGAUAUCUUGAAGGAAAAGUUUGCCUUUGCAACAACCGUCCGAGAGCGACAAGAUGUGAUUCGUCAACAUGCAGUAGCCGAGUCUUUGGAUUGGUAUUAUUAUCACGGCCUUGUCCUCCUUCAACAGCUGUAUGAAUGUGUACCCAAGCAACCAGCCGACACGCGUGAUCCUACAUCUCAAGAAAAAGAGCUCAUGGAUUCCAUUCGUCAACACAUACGCUCUUUUGAACGCCAAUUCCCCGCAGGUCCUCAUGAACAAUUACGCGCUCGCUUCCAGCUACUUUCCUAUUCGAUCAACACAUCCGAAUCCACCGAAUACAUCCGUGAUAGGCUUGGCAUCCGCAGCAUUGCUAGCAAUAACGCUAACAACAACACAAGUACUGCGGCAGCUGAAGAUGCUGGAACUCCUAUUCCAUCGUCAAGUGGACCCGAUGCUAUGUAUCCAACAAAGCUUGACCAAGCCCUGAUUGAUCCAAACGCCGUCGUGGAACGUGCACUACGCCACAAUAACUCUGUCAACCUUCUCUUGCUGCCUUCUUCUUUGCCACUCGAGAAUGACAAUGAAUCCUUGCUAUCAUUAUUAACAAGCACAUUGCCACAACAUCGCUCCGAUCAUCUCGACAAGCUCGCAAAUGCACUCAAGGACAACAACAAAAACAACAACACGCGAUCAAAGCACUUUUCGUUUGCUGAGUUGACUUUGGAACAGCUGGAUAAAUUGCAUGAAAUUUAUCCUUCCGUGGCAGAUGACUAUGUUGCUUACCUUUCCGCCUAUCUCAGCAAAUUGGUCGACAACCACCCAAAAGAAUAUGCCAAGCUAUGGGAAUUUGUAAAGACGCUCAAAGAAGAUUACACGCUCAAGCGACAUAUCCUUUCAUGUUUGUUGCAAGACAAGAUCCUUCAAGAUGACUAUGACAUGGAUCUCUUCAAGACAUACUUUGAAGUGGUACAAUUAUGCAGGAAUUCUCAAGGCCAACCUCGUCUUCCCUCUAUCCCUGAUUUACCAGUACCCAAGAUAUCACAUGACGACCUCAUUUCAGAAUUCCUUGCGGGUGCUCUUUUGAAGGAUGCUCAAGGCACAAGUGAUAUGAUUCGUGAAUGGCCACAUUACAAGAGCGAAUUGGAAUUCCUGCAUGCCGAAUUAUUGAUCCAACAACAACCAACCCACGCGUGGGCGCAGCAAAUCCUCGGCUCUCCUGAUAUCAAGGAAAUAUCCUCACGUGUUGAAUUGUCCUUCCCACGCUUCACCACAAAGUUGUAUUAUGAAACGCACCCUUUGAUGCCUACGGAUCCCAUCCGACUCACUGUGAGAAUCAAAAAUGUGAAACAUGUCAGUGUGCGUGCAUAUCAGCUGGACUUAUUUCAAUACUGGCGACGUGUACAACAUCGUCAACGCAACAAAAAAUUGGAGGUCAAUGAUAUCAACCUCGAUGGUCUAUGCCCCACUUGGGAAACUGAAUUGGAUUACAGCCAUGCAUCGCCUCUUGAACGCAUUGACAAGACAUGGGUCCUUGAUGAUGCUGCCGUAUUCAAAGGACGUGGCGCUUGGGUCAUUGAUGUCGUGGGUGGACGUGAGAAUUGUCGUGCCAUUGUACAAAAGGGUCGUUUGCGCCACUUGGUCAAGGAUACUUCGGCAGGCCAUUUAUUCCGCAUCCUCGAUGAACACAAUCAACCUGUAAAAGCCAAGUUGUGGAUCAACAACACGUACUAUGAGGCAGAUGAGCAAUGCAACAUUUUGAUUCCCUAUCGGGAUGGUUCCGGUGAUGAAAAUGCUCAAGCUCUUAUUGUCACAGAGGAGGAUGGCUAUUGUGAACCCGUACAAUUCACAUGGAAGGAAGAGGAAUAUACCCUGGUGGCUGAUUUCCACGUGCAUUCGGAAAGUCUUGUUGCCAACAAGCAAAGCAAAGUGGUCGUCGUGCCACGUUUGAUGAUCCAUGGUCAACCUGUAUCGCUCAGCCUUUUGGAAUCAGUGGGUCUAUCCAUCGAAGCAAUGAAUGCCAAUCAAAUCAAGAGCACCUUUGCCAAGGAGAAGCUUCAAGUGGGACGUAAUCAACCCAUUGAAAUGGACUUUACAGUUCCCAGCUCAUUGUCCUCAUUGUCCUUUAUGUUACGGGGCAAGGUCAAGACUACUUCCACAAAGACUCCAUUGCAGGACGUGGAGGUGUCAGAUUUCAUGAGACUCCAAUCGGCUACCGAUUCAAUCACCAGUGCCUAUUUGCGUAUCAAGAAUGAUGGCGAGUAUAUCAUCCAAAUGCUUGGAAGAAAUGGUGAACCACAAAAGGGUGUCGUGGUGAAUCUUGGCCUACAACAUUCCAUGGUGGAAGAGACAAUCAAUGUGAACUUGCAAAGUGACCAGCAAGGCGUGGUUUCGCUUGGCAAGCUCAAGCAUGUCACCGGCAUUUCAUUGUACAGCCCAGUCUCCAAGAAUUGGGAUCUCGUGCCUGAUGCUACACAAUCACGUCUACCAAGUGUCAUUUAUCAUGCUGCCAACAAGCCUUUCCACUUGGCAUAUCCACAAGGUGAUGAUCAAUGUUGUACGCUUUUCCAAUACGGCGAGCAUGGCCACGUUCUUCAUGAUAUGACAGACAAGAUCAACGUCACCAGCGACUCUAUCAAUGUUCCGGAAGGUCUUUCAGCUGGUACUUACAGGUUUUAUUUGUCCACGUCUGCAAGCUAUGGCAAGAAUGUAUGCUUUGGUGUACAACAGGUGGACUGUACCAUUAUUGAUGCAGCUAGCAGCAAUGACACGAGCUCAUCUCCUCAUUGGUCUGAUUGGCUUGUGAGCCCACGUAUCUUUGCACAAUCAACGGGCCAUCCUAUUACCUCGCCUAUGGGUAUCGACAACCUUGAAUUGACUGAGAAUCAGCUGGUGAUCAAGCUCAACAAUUGUCAUGCAUCCAAUGCUGUUGCCUUGGUUUCCACCACUGCCUUUGUCCCUGAACGUGCUUCCAACACAACACGCUCCUUGGUGUAUAACCAAAACAUCCCUGAAACAGCUAUGCUCAAGACAUCGGUGGAUACGUUUGCUGCAUUCUUGGAAGGUCGUAAAUUGAGUGAAGAAUUCCAGUACAUUUUGAAUCGCAAUCGUGCAGAGAAAUGGGUGGGAAGUUCCUUGACCAAACCAUCCCUUGUUAUUUAUCCAAAGGAGACCCACGUGACACGAUCCGAGCCACGUUAUUUGGAGGGUGAGGAGCCUCAUCAAGCAGUGGAUGCCUUUGGAGGUGAAGCGGAUGCAGUCCAAUGCAUGAAUGCUUCUUCUCCUUACUACGGCUCUGUUCCUAGCCCUGAUGCUUCCUGGGAUAUGAACUUUUUGAAUCAUGCUACGCCGACGCUCGUUGUGUUACCUGAUGAGCAAGGACAAUUGGUGCUGGAUCGAUCACAGCUAGGCAAUGGCAACCUCCUCCAUAUUGCCAUUCAUCAGAACAAGCAAGCAUUGACAAAGCAAAUCGUUUUGCCUGAUGUAUCCAUGGAUCUCAAUUGCCAAAACAUGUGUCAUCAAGCUGAUCAUGAUGUCUCUAUUGCCUACGUACGCACCAAAUCCGUAUCCACGCUCACUCCAUCCUCAUCCUUGGAUCUUACCAUUGGCCAACAUGAAUGGGAGACGAUUCACACCUUUGAAAAGAUCUAUGAUCAGCUCGAUAACAUGACAUCAAGCCAGCUUCGGGAUUUCGAGUUCCUCAAAAAGUGGCCAUCCAUGACCGUUUCGCAAAAAUCAAAGCAUCAUAAGGAAAAGGUGUGCCAUGAGUUGAAUCUUUGGAUCAAGCAUCGUGACCCUGCCUAUUUCGAUGAACAUGUCAAGCCAUUUAUUGAGUGCAAAUUGAACAAGUCAUUUAUGGACCUCUAUUUGGCGGAUGAGGAUUUGAGCGUUUACACAACCGAUCUUUACAUGUACCAAAAGCUCACCACCAUCGAGAGAGCAUUGCUCGCCAAACGCGUUCCAGAAAUGCUGCCUGUGAUUUUGCAAGCAUUCAAGGACGAAUAUGAACCCCCCUCUGAAAAGAAGGUCGAUAGUCGCUUUGAUACGGUCCUUGGUGCAAGUGCGUUGAAUAUUGAGAAUGAGGUGGCUAAUCAAUUCCAACGACUCGGGCUGGCGCAACGUAGUUAUGCUGCUACUGCAAGCUUUGGUGCAGCACCAAGGGCACGAUGUGCAAUGAUGAUGUCGAUGCCUCCACCCCCCGCCGCUCCCGGUUCUGCCAUGCGACAUAGAAAGAUCGCACGAGUAGUGGACCAAGAAGAGGAAGAAGAAAGUGAUGAUGAUAUGGGCUUUGCAAUGUUUGAUGAUGACGACUUCCGACAAGGUGAUGGCGAAAAUCUUCAACAAGGUGAUGGUGAUGGUGAAUCCUCUGAUGACGAGGAUGACAAGUUUAUGGAGGAAGAAGCGUUGCGAGAGCUUUUAAAGAAGCGUGCCACCAAGGUCCCUUACACCUUUGCCAAGGCUACUCGUGAAUGGUGUGAAAAGGGUUAUUACGAUGAUAAUGUCCCAUCCGUUCCUGUGAACCAGUUCUGGAUCGAUUACCUUGAGCAUGCAUCAGGACCCUUCUUGUCUUCGAACUUUAUCUAUACCUCAGAUGAAAUCAGCGAGAUCAUGGCUAUUCUUUCAUUGAUGGAGCUUCCUUUCCAAACCGAUGCUCAUAUCAAGCAAGAAUCCGAUUUGGAGGCUGCAAGAUUUACUAUUCGAGCUGAAACACCUUGUCUCGUGUACUAUCGUGCCAUUAAGCAAGCUGAGAAUCCACCACCUUCCAAUCCAUCGAUUCUUUUGGGUCAAGGAUUCUUUGUUAAAAAGGAUGCUGUGGGUAACGAGCUUGACAUGGUGGAUCCAAAUGCAUUGCGUCCCGCUGUUGAUUACGGCUGGCAUUUGGCUAUCAGCAACAUUUCCUCCAAAAAGUGCACAGCUGAAGUGACCUGCCAAGUACCUUUGGGAGCCAUUCCUACGGACAACACCGCUUAUUUCCAAUCACGCACGAUCCAAGUCGAACCUUAUUCCACAUGGCGUAAUGUGGUGGGCAGCUUUUAUUUCCCAGAAUGUGGAGAGUACAAGCAUGCUCCUGUUACUGUGUCACGCAGCUCAGCCCUACUUGGUCAAACGCAGCCUGUGAACAUCACGGUAUCAUUGGCGGAUGAGGAUGCCAUGGCAGCAGAGGCAGCAUCUGGUAGCAGCAGCAAUGCUUCUUGGGCAACGCUUGUGGCUAACACCAAAGAUGAUGCCAAGAUCCUUGAGUAUCUCGAAACAAAGGCCAACCUGCAAAAGAUCGACAUGUCGUUGUUGAGCUGGCGUAUGCACCAACAAGAAUUUGCCAAACAAGUGUUGGCAUUGUUGCGUAAGCGACGCUUCUUUUCACACGAAUUGUGGCAAUAUGGCUUGUAUCACCGAUUCCCCGAUGCCAUUCAAGAGCUUAUUCUCCAAUCUGGUCAAUCGUUGGUCAAUCGUUGCAGUCGUGUGAUAGAAUCUCCCCUUGUGACUUUUAAGGAUAUGCCAGAAACGCUCGAUUAUGAUCCCAUGAUGACUGCCAGAGCCCACCCCAUUGGCAAUAUCAACAAGAUCUCGAACAUCACCUUCUUUGGCCAAUACGAUAAUCUUCUUGAUUAUCUGUGUCUAGUGCAGCAACCCACGGCAUCCGAUUUGAUCAUGUUGACCGAUUAUUUGAUCCUCCAAGAACGCAUAGGUGACGCACAAGCCAUGUACAAGCAACUUUGCAACAUGAACCCACCCUCCAGCAUCCAAAUGGAUUACCUGAAUGCCUAUUUGCAAACGCGUAUUCGUGUUGAGGAUGCUGCUGAUGGUACAAAGACCCUUGAUAUGGAUGCCGUGCGAGCUUUGGUUAACAAGCACAAGACAUGCACAAAUGAAAAAUGGCAGCAGCUGUUUGUACGAUUGGAAGAGUUUAUCAACCAAGUGGAGCAACCAGCAUCCUUGGCUACAGGCACAGAGCAACAACAACAGCAGCAGCAACAACAACAAUUGCCAGAGGGCCCUGUAUUGGACUUUAACAUUGGCGCUGAAGGCAAACUUUUAUUGAACUACGCCAACGUGACUCAAGUCAAGAUCCGAUAUUACAAGAUGGAUGUGGAAGUCAUGUUCUCAAUGAACCCAUUCAUGAGUGGUCAACAGCAGCAGUCUGUGCAAUAUGAUUGGAUCAAGCCUACCAUGGUGCAAACAGUGACAUGUCCCCCAGCAACCACCACCACCACCAAGGACACAGCUACGACUAGCGAUGAAAAGGAGGACGACUUUGCAGUCAUUGGUGUGGGCAAGGUGGCUACAUCUACUUUGGCUGUGGAUAUGCCUGAAACGCUAUUGAAUGCCAAUGCCAUGGUACAAGUGACAACAAGUGAUUCAGCAUUGGAGCGGCGCAAGGCUCACUUUAGCAAUGAUUUGGCAUGCCAUUUCAUCGAAGGAUAUGGUAUUGUGCGUGUUGCAGCCAAGCAGACCAGCCGUCCAUUGGCAGGAACUUACGUCAAGGUGUACGCAAGACUUAAAAAGAGUGAAGGUGGUCGUGUUGAGUUCUGGAAGGACGGGUAUACGGGAUUGAAUGGCGUGUUUGACUACGUCACCGUCACGGAUGGCAACAGCUUGGUGUCACGACUCAACCACAGUGAUCCAGAUAAUAUCCUUGAAAAGGCGGUAGAACGUGUGGAAAAGUUUAGUCUUUUGAUCCAGAGUGCCCAACAUGGUGCAUUGGUUGAGGAAAUCUAUCCUCCGGCAUUGUAA